AUGUUGAAAAAAGAUGUAUUUUUAAGAAAAGAUGUCUACACUGUUUAUUCAAGUGAGAAGCAAGAAAGAAUGAAAGUUUACUUUUAGUUAACUGAAGAAUACAAUGAGUGUAUGGAGAAAUGCACAAAUUUGACAGAUGAGUCUAAAUAAGAAUGCGUAAAUGAAUGCGAGAAAAUAUAUGAUUAAUAUGUUGACAAAUUAGAGACAAGAUAUUAAGGUGAAAAUGCAUAAAGAUUAAAUAUGGAAGUCAAGAAUCUUCCAACAUUUGAUAAAAAAAUAAGAGAAGAAAGAACAGGAUUCUUUUAUCAACUCUUCGGCUUGAGUUUCAAUGAAUUUUUAUAUGGAAAAGAUAAAAAAGCUGCUACAUAGCAAGGCGAUUUCGAAAAGCAUUGA